CGCGCAGCGGUGAUUGGUGGCGCGUGGCGCGCGCGAGACGAGCGUGCACCCCGCGCCGUCUGGGAGCGUGGUAUCUGCUGACCUGCGCCCGUGAGCUGCCCCCAUGUCUUCCCCGGCGUCUACCCCGAGUCGCCGCGGCAGCCGCCGAGGACGGACCGGGCCGCCGCAGACGCCUCGAAGCGAGGAUGCCAGAUCAUCUCCCUCCCAGCGGCGCAGAGGCGAGGACUCCACGUCCACAGGCGAGUUGCAGCCCAUGCCCGCCUCGCCUGGCGCAGACCUGCAGAGCCCUGCCGCACCCGACACCUUGUUCUCCAGCCCCCCGCAGAUGCAUUCUUCAACUAUUCCUCUAGACUUUGAUGUUAGUUCACCGCUGACAUACGGCACUCCCAGCUCUCGGGUAGAGGGGACCCCACGCAGCGGUGUUAGGGGUACACCCGUAAGGCAGAGGCCUGACCUUGGAUCUGCACGGAAGGGUCUCCAGGUGGACCUGCACUCUGAGGGGCCAGCAGCAGAAGAUACAGUGGCAAGUGAGCAGUCUCUAGGCCAAAAACUUGUGAUUUGGGGAACAGAUGUAAAUGUGGCAACAUGCAAAGAAACUUUUCAGAGAUUUCUUCAACAAUUUAUCGAUCCUCUGGCUAAAGAAGAAGAAAACAUUGCCAUAGAUAUUAGCGAGCCUCUGUAUAUGCAACGGCUUGCGGAGAUUAAUGUCAUUGGGGAGCCAUUUUUAAAUGUAAACUGUGAACACAUAAAGUCAUUUGACACAAAUCUUUACAGGCAACUCACGUGCUACCCACAGGAAGUUAUCCCCACUUUUGACAUGGCUGUCAAUGAGAUCUUCUUUGAUCGUUAUCCUGACUCAAUAUUAGAACAUCAGAUUCAAGUAAGACCAUUCAAUGCAUUGAAGACUAAGAAUAUGAGAAACUUAAAUCCAGAAGAUAUCGACCAGCUCAUUGCCAUCAGCGGCAUGGUCAUCCGGACGUCCCAGUUGAUUCCGGAGAUGCAGGAGGCCUUCUUCCAAUGCCAGGUGUGCACCCACACGGCCCGCGUGGAGAUCGACCGUGGCCGCAUCGCUGAGCCCUGCGUGUGCGAGCACUGCCACACCACACACAGCAUGGCACUGGUGCACAACCGCUCCACCUUCUCCGACAAGCAGAUGAUCAAACUCCAGGAAUCUCCUGAGGACAUGCCGGCAGGACAGACGCCACACACCGUUGUACUGUUUGCUCACAACGACCUUGUGGACACAGUUCAGCCUGGUGACCGAGUGAACGUUACAGGCAUCUACAGAGCGGUGCCCAUUCGCAUCAGUCCCAGAGUGAGCAACGUGAAGUCUGUCUACAAAACCCAUAUCGACGUCAUCCACUUUCGGAAGACGGACGCAAAACGUCUGCACGGCAUGGAUGAAGAAGCAGAACAGAAACUCUUCUCAGAGAAGCGUGUGGAAUUGCUUAAGGAACUUUCCAGGAAACCAGAUAUUUAUGAGAGACUUGCUUCAGCCUUGGCUCCGAGCAUUUAUGAACAUGAAGAUAUAAAGAAGGGAAUUUUGCUUCAGCUCUUCGGGGGAACAAGAAAGGAUUUUAGUCACACGGGAAGGGGCAAAUUCCGUGCCGAGAUCAAUAUCCUCCUUUGUGGUGACCCGGGCACCAGCAAGUCCCAGCUGCUGCAGUACGUUUACAGCCUGGUUCCCAGGGGCCAGUACACAUCUGGGAAGGGCUCCAGUGCCGUCGGCCUUACUGCUUACGUCAUGAAAGACCCCGAGAGCCGGCAGCUGGUCCUGCAGACGGGAGCCCUGGUCCUGAGCGACAAUGGCAUCUGCUGCAUCGACGAGUUCGACAAGAUGAGCGAGAGCACGAGGUCGGUGCUGCACGAGGUGAUGGAGCAGCAGACCCUCUCGGUUGCCAAGGCUGGGAUCAUCUGUCAGCUCAACGCACGCACCUCCAUCCUGGCAGCAGCGAACCCCAUCGAGUCUCAGUGGAACCCGAAGAAAACCACCAUCGAAAACAUCCAGCUGCCCCACACUUUGUUAUCAAGGUUUGACCUGAUCUUCCUCAUGCUGGACCCCCAGGACGAGGCAUAUGACCGGCGCCUUGCACACCACCUGGUGGCCCUGUACUACCAGACCGAGGAGCAGCUGGAGGAGGCCGUCCUGGACAUGGCCGUGCUGAAAGACUACGUCGCCUAUGCCCACAGCUCGGUGGUGCCGCGCCUGAGCGAGGAGGCCAGCCAGGCGCUCAUCGAGGCUUACGUGGACAUGAGGAAGAUUGGCAGUAGCCGGGGAAUGGUUUCUGCAUACCCUCGACAGCUGGAAUCAUUGAUUCGCUUGGCAGAAGCCCAUGCUAAAGUGCGAUUUUCAAACAAAGUUGAAGCAAUUGAUGUCGAAGAGGCAAAACGCCUUCACCGAGAGGCUCUGAAGCAGUCAGCAACUGACCCACGGACCGGCAUUGUGGACAUAUCGAUCCUCACCACAGGAAUGAGUGCCACCUCUCGUAAACGGAAAGAAGAAUUAGCUGAAGCUUUGAAAAAACUUAUUUUAUCUAAGGGAAAAACACCAGCUCUAAAAUACCAGCAACUUUUUGAAGAUAUUCGGGGGCAAUCUGACAUAGCAAUUACCAAAGAUAUGUUUGAAGAAGCACUGCGUGCCUUGGCUGAUGAUGACUUCUUGACAGUGACGGGAAAAACCGUUCGCUUGCUCUAGAGAUGCCGUGAGCUGUGCUGUGUUCUGCUUUUCUCCUCUGGGCACGGCACUUGCUCGCACUUGUAUGUAGCAUGGGGACUGAUUAGCUAACUCUGCUGCUGUCAGUGGGAAUAGACUCUCAAAGUCAUUAUUUAGCUACGUAAAAAUUUUUCUAUCCAAGGUACUGGUUUUCUUAGUGAAGUAUUUGUUUUCAUUGUUUAACAUUUUAAGUAAAAAUACUUUCCCAAUUUACAAAAAGACAUACAGUAGAGACUAUUUUCCUGAAGUGCAGAUUUUUAGUACUGGAGAUUUUAAUCUGUGUACUAAUUCAUAUACAUAUGUAGCACAUUGGUGUAUUUUUUUUUUAAUAAUUUUAUUUUGAAAUAAGUUCAAUCUUACAGGAACAGUUGUAAAAACAGUACAAACCCCCUACAUAGAAUUCCAUCAUACCCAGCCCCCCUCCCCCGA